AUGUCAAGUCGAGGCAUUCUUGACGGCCAAUGGGCCGAUCAAUACAAGUAUAUGCGGUCGUCCGCAUCCUCAUUCUGGCUGCAACAUCUCCACCCUCGUCGCUUAAGAGCUCGUCCCAUCAGGACUUUCUCCCUAAUCGCAGCAUGUUUUUUCUUGCUCACCUUAUGGUCGCGCUCAUCCAGCGAGCCAUCGAUUAACUUCUGGGUAAAGUACCCAUCCUACCCUCCGACGCGACAGCGCCCUGAAGAUACGCCAAUGCUCCUUAGCGGGCGACAUGCCAUGAACAAGAACGAGACCGCCCCUCUGGGCCUAGGAAGGUCGGCGCCGUCCUUUCACCUCCUUAUACCCGUGUCGCACAAAUCAGCUUCGCUCUGUCGCACCGUGACGUCGUCGAUGAUCCUGAACUACCCACCGCCGACCCUGAUCAGCUACGGAAAAUCCACUUCGGACGGGAGCACAGAAUACUCCGCCAUGGUAGACAGGAUCGCGGGGAUAUACAAUUACCUCGCAUACAGCACACAACUGAAUGACGAUGAUCUGGUCCUCAUUGUCGACUCGCAGGAUGUGUUUUUCCAGUUGCCUGCAGAGGUGUUGGUUCAGCGUUUUCAGGACCUGCUACGGGAGACCAAUGAGAAAUUGCUACGCAAAUAUGGCACCAUAACCCUGGACCUGCCCUUUCGUAAAGAAGGCAAACAGACUUUGCAAAAAUACUCUCAGAGAGUCUUGUUCGCCGCUAGCAAGACGUGUAUAUCGAGUCUUUCUCAGGAUCCAGGUUGCGUGACGGUACCGCAAUCGAGUUUGCCUCCUGAUGCUUACGGUUGGAAGACCGACACGGAAGGACACUUGAAUCGACCACGGUGGCUCAAGCCUGGCGCAGUCAUGGGCCAGGUGGGUGAUUUAAGGCUCAUAUACGCCGAGAUAUUGCAUUACGUCCAUCAGCACCGCAACUCGCGGGGAGACUAUCUGGCGAUGACCCAAAUGUUUGGGCGCCAGGAAUAUUUGCGCGAGCUGGAACGAAGAAACAGCGCCAGCAGGCUGAAAGAAUGGCUCUAUCGCCAAAUCGGCAUCUCGGAUGCGUCAAAUCUCACUGGAGCCAUCCCGCCACACUUGACAGCGGGCGCUCGGUAUGAGUAUGGCAUCGGGGUUGACUAUGAAUCCCGUUUGUUCUUCAACAUGUUCAACGCCAAGAUGGAUGUCGAAUGGCUCCACUAUCACAACGUGAGCACGACUUCAGCGGUGCAGAUGAAGCAUGGCGUGCCCAGAGAGAGACGUCUCAUGCUUCCCGAAGACCUUGAUCCCGUGAAACUCGGCAAUCCAUUUGUUCAGCCCCGAUUUACGAAGGAUGACUGGCCAAACCCCCCUUGGAAUGCUACACUGGACAAGCUGCCAAAUUAUCGCAACCACACGUGGCGUGAUCUUCCAUUGAUGACAAACAUCCAUUCGGCAUCUGUCCCAGCUCUGCUACAUCUCGACGGGGAUAAAUCUGUUCGUGACAAAUGGUGGUCAGAGAUGUGGUACCAGCCAUGGGCCCGGGCACUUCUCCGCAAGUACAUGCGCACCGGCUCUGGAUUUGACGCCUCUCAGUCUGCCUUGAUGGGAGGCCAAGAAUGGUGGGACAUGCGUGGCGGCAAGGGAGGUCUGUGGACGGACAAGGGUGAGUGGCUCAAUUAUGGCGAGGUUUGUGGCAGCUAUACCAGGGAUGUGUUCGACGAUGAUCUUGGGCCAUUUGGCCAGGAGAAUGGAGAGGAUGCCGACGAACCCGUCUACAACCAAUUCGGGAAUGUCAUCAAGGGUAAAGAGGAUCUGGCCUCUACCCCGUGGUAG